AUGGUUCUCCUAACCAUGACGCAGCCCAUUGUGGACUGCCUCGCAAGCUUGGUAGACCUGGCAUUGGUGUCUGGCGAACCCUCGGAUCCAUCUCUGGCCAGUCCUGCAAUUGGCAAUCCGAUACUGCAUAGCCAAAUACUACAACUCUCGAAAUGCCAAAGUACCUUCCGCUUGGAAGAGUUGCUGCGAGGAUCACACGUCUACGUAGCGCCACCAGCGCCAAAGCCUGCCAAGUCACCCGAAUAUAUAGCCCUCAUGGCCAAGCUUCGCCGAGAUGAGGAUGCCCGCGCCUACGAACGAAUGACCAACCCUCCCGUCCCCCUCGAGACCUUCAAAGAUCGAUUUCCAGACUCGGCGCGAUCAUUUGCUGCUGUAAACAGACCAGCGAACGAUGCAGACCUUGGCGAUGACGAAAUCACAUACAACGAAGUACACAGGCAGGUCACGCUGCUGAUCAACUUCAUGGUCAGCAUUGCUGGCGUGGCUGCUACGCUCUGGAUCCUCGGUCGGUGGUGGAGCCUCCCAGCCCGUCUGUUCCUCACCAUGGGCGGCAGUAUACUCGUCGCUAUUGCGGAAGUCACUGUAUAUGGCGGCUACGUUUGGCGCAUGGGCGAGGCGAAGAGGAAGGAAGAUAUCCGGCCAGAGCGGAGAGAAGUUGUGCAGACCUGGGUCGUUGGCAAAGAUGGAGAUGACAACGAGAAAGAGGACAAGGCUGUAUUAUUGCCAGACAAGGCGGAUGCGACUGACAGUCAGCUAAAAAGGAGGGCUGUAAAGAGUACUGGCGCAGAUUGA